AUGUCAGGGAACAAGUACUACAAAGAAGCCAGGGUGCAAGGUUGAGUGUGUCCUUCCCGCUUCGGGGAGGGGACUUGGAAAGCGCUCUCUGACGGGAGGCGUUGGAGUAAGAGGGUGGAUGGAGGGAUGUGUGGAGAUCCGGGCGUCCUAAGAAGCUGCCGGCCUGGCAUCUAUUUUUGUCAGUGCCAGAUGUCAUCUUUCCUUUCUCCCAAGACUUUGGGGAGAAAAAUGGAUUUAGCAAAGAAUGAAUCAGCUCUGGGAAAUUAUCCCAAGCUCCAGAGCUGCCGUUUGGAGAUCUUGCUGCUCUGACACAUGGAGGUUAUGAGACUUGGGGAAAGCGGAGCUGUUUUCUUGGCCGCCCUGUCACUCUCCUGCCAGUGCCCAGGUGGGUACCAGCACGGGUGAGGGCGGGGGUUCAAAGUUCUGUGCCGUGGACAGCACCUGGAAUGCCACUUAUGAUCACGUGCAGUUAACCUGAGAGGAAACAGGACAAACUCCCAGGGGCUGAUGGAUUCAGCUAUAACCUAAGCAGUGUAAAGUGACGUAGCCUCUGUCCCCUGUGAGAAGGCACAUCGAGGAGGGCAGAGACAACAGAAGGUUUCCUUCACCCCAGUAGAGGAGAAGCUGGCUCCCCCGUUCCAGACAGCUAGCUGUGAGCCAGAUUAGAAGAGGCAGCAGUUAGGUCCGCCAUUGUGCGGAACAUAAUAGCAAGGGCUACUCACCUGCUCACCAGGGGGAAAUAGUUUCUCAUUCUAAUCUGUCUCCCUUCUCUCUCUCUGGAGCAGGACCAUGUGGAGCAAUGUGACCUCUCUUUUGAUAUCUGUUCCCAAGGGGCAGAAGCAAGGGCCACACGAUGAGCAAUUACUCUAGUGCCACUGAAUUUUGUCUCCUUGGCUUCCCCGGCUCCCAAGGACUGCACCACAUGCUCUUUGCUGCCUUCCUCUUCUUCUACUCGGUGACGCUGAUGGGAAACACGGUCAUCAUCGUGGUUGUCCGUGUGGAUAAGCGUCUGCACUCCCCCAUGUAUUUCUUCCUCAGCCACCUCUCUGUCUUGGAGACCCUGACCACAUCCGUCAUCGUCCCCGUCAUGCUCUGGGGCUUGCUGCUCCCUGGGAGGCAGACAAUAUCUCUGGCAGGAUGCGUCGCCCAGCUCUUCCUGUACCUUGCUUUGGGGACCACGGAGUUUGCAUUACUGGGAGUCAUGGCCGUGGACCGUUACGUGGCUGUCUGUAACCCUCUGAGAUACAACAUCAUUAUGAACAGCCACACCUGCACCUGGGUGGUAAGUGUGUCGUGGGUGGUUGGCUUCCUUUCUGAAAUCUGGCCAGUCUACGCCACGUUUCAGUUUACCUACUGCAAAUCGAACGUGCUAGACCAUUUUUAUUGUGACCGAGGGCAACUGCUCAGACUGUCCUGUGACGACACUCUUUUCACAGAGUUUGUUCUUUUUUUAAUGGCUGUUUUCAUUAUCGUUGGUUCUCUGGUACCAACAAUCGUCUCCUACACUUACAUUAUCUCCACCAUCCUCAAGAUCCCCUCGGCCUCUGGCCGCAGGAAAGCCUUCUCCACGUGCGCCUCCCACUUCACCUUCGUGGUGAUCGGCUACGGCACCUGCCUGUUCCUCUUCGUGAAACCCAAGCAGACGCAGGCGGCCGAGUACAACAAGAUCGUCUCCCUGCUGAUUUCUGUGGUAACCCCUUUCCUGAACCCCUUCAUCUUCACCCUCCGAAACGACAAAGUCAAAGAGGCCCUUCGGGACACUAUGAAACUCUGCUGUCAACUUUUCAAGGAUUAGGUCUCCUCUUAGUCACUUUUCGGCAGUAUGAUCCCCACUGUGGAUUAUUUAGUAACUUAGGAAACCCUAACUACUCUGUUGCCAUCACCAUCAUUACAGAAAUCAAACUGUGUACCCCUGGAGGCAGACAAGGCAGGUAACGGUGAAACCCAUGCUUUGUCCAGGAAUCCUACACCCUCGGUUUCUCCUUGUUUCUUCUGAUGAACUCAAGGAAGCACAUCCUUGUGGUGUGGGAGGAACUAAGAAAGGAAAUGCAUUCUUCUGUGUAUUGUUCUAUUAGCCCAACUAAUUUGCUUAUAAUUUGUGUCCUCGAGAAGUGACUGGGUUUUAAAUCGAAUUUCUCCUCUUCAUCACUAUACAAAAUUAAUUACUUUUAGACAUAAGAAAGAAGGAACAAACCUUUAAGAAAUCUUUUGCUUUUAAUAACCCAUUUAUUUUUUGAGAAUACGAUGUUAGCAGCUGUGCUAAGGAUAACAAGAGCUCUUCUGAUUUUUGGGAAGAUUAAUCAGGGCUGUAACCCCACACACACAAACAGUGAAAUAAUUUAUCUACAGUGCUUUCGAAAUGUGCGCCAUGUUGGACUCUUCUGUCUAGUUGCUCGAGCCAAUUCUAUUUGCAUGUGAGAUCUGCCUCUCACAAGAUGUCAGAGAAGUCUGUCUUCUCCGAGGCGACGUUGUGCAAGUGGUUGUGGCAGUGAAAGCUGUCGGCACCCCCUCCUUGGAGGCCCCUGCACCAGGUCACUGCUGCCACCCCCCAGCUAUUGGGAGAAUUGGUUGCUAGGGGCUUCCGACUGCUCCUUCUUCAGAGAAUUGCCCUUGCUGAACUGGACUCAAUUCACACAGGAGGUUUUAUUUUUUUUUAGAUUUUAUUUUACUCUUAUUUAUUCUAUUAUAGUUGUUCCAA